UAAAAGAUGGAGAUCUCUACAAGACGAUCUUCAUUGCUUAUCAGCAUUCUCAUAUCUGCCCUGCUCAUCCAACACUUCUCCGUGGUGCAAUGCUCGAAGGGUUAUAUCGAAAAAAAGCAGCAGAAAGCUGCAAAGGUGAUGAACAAAGCUGCUGCAAAGGUAGAGAAAACAGCUGCAAAGGUGUCGAGGAAAACUUUACCUGCGGCAACAAAAGUCAAAUCUGUACCUGUACCGGUGAAGAAGGAAGCAAAACCUAAAGUUGCACCUAAAGUUGUACCUGUGCCGGUGGUGAGGCCAGGGACGGGAAAGAAGGCGUUGGAAAAGAAGUGGUGCAUACCAAAACCAGAGACGAACACUGAUAUCUUGCAGAACAACAUAGACUUUGCAUGUGGCAAAGGAGGAAUUGAUUGCAAGGCGAUUAGAGCUGGUGGGCCAUGCGUUGAGCCUAACACUCCCUGGUCUCAUGCAGCAUUUGUCAUGAACGCCUUCUAUCAAUCCACUGGUCAAAGGGAUUGCAAUUUCGCUGGCUCUGGUGUUGUAACCCAGGAUGACCCAACAAAGGGCGGUUCGUGCUUCCCAAAUCAAGGACAGGCAAAAUCGUCGUCUGUGUCACAGAAGUCAUCGCCAGAACAAGCGUUUAGUGGCAAGAUAAAGCCAACACCACCCGGAACGAUUAAGAAGUAUUGCCUACCAAAACAAGAGACAAGUCCAAGUGCAUUGCAGAAAAACAUAGACUAUGCGUGCGCCAAGAUUGAUUGCAAGCCCAUUCAACCUGGUGGUGAAUGCUACGAGCCAAACACUGUCAAAGAUCACGCUGCAUAUGCCAUGAACUACUACUAUCAAUUGUCUGAUCGCAGAGAGUGUGAUUUCUCUAACACUGCUUUGGUAACCAGCGAAAACCCAAGUACGGGUAAGUGCCAAUACCCUGCUUGAGGCCAGAUGUGAAAAGGAGAACAAAAUAGCUCAGCGGAGUGGCGGGAAGAAAUGAGAAAAAUUAUUUGUUCAUAUUUCUUUUUCUUUUUUCAAUAUUUUCAUUGUAACUUUGAAGGUUCAAUGAGUAAUAUAAGCGCACUAUCUAUGGAGAAA